UUUACUGUAUUUGUAAAAAUGUAGUUAAAACUCGACGAGAAUAUUUGUUUUUUGACUGCUUUCAUCCUAUUAUUUAAUUUGUUGUUUCUUUUUGUGAAAUUUAUAUUAUUUUUGUUUCAUAAUUUUUAACUAGUGAAUCAAAUUGUACAGUAUUGGUCUAAAGUGAAGUGAUCGUACUUUUUUAAUAAUGAUGAACCGAGGCUCAAUAAAGAGACCUUUAAGUGAUUCCAGCAACUCUCACGAACCUCCAGCAAAAUUGAAGUCAGUUGUCAGAGAUGAUGAUGACGUUGGACCAAAAAAUAUUCAAGUUUACAUCCGAGUUAGACCAGAAAGUGCGAAAGAAUUAAAUUCCAGAAAGGUUGUCGCCCUUGUUGAUGAUCAAAGUUUGAUAUUUGAUCCUCCAAAUGAUCCAUACCAAAGUAAAAAGUAUAAAGAAAUUGGUAAGAAAUCUAGCAAAGAUUUGGUCUUCUCUUUUGAUGGAGUUUUUGAUGAACACACAACAAACAUUCAAAUCUAUGAAAGAGCAGUUAAAAGCUUUGUCCAGUCUUUGUUGGAUGGUUUCAACUGUACCAUUUUUGCGUAUGGACCUACAGGUUCUGGUAAGACUUACACCAUGUUAGGAUAUAAUGGAGAACCUGGUGUUAUGUUUUAUACCGCUAUGGAAUUAUUUCACAUCAUUGAAACAAAGCCAUCAGAAGAGAAGUUUGAAGUUAGUGCUUCUUACUUUGAAAUUUACAAUGAAAAAAUUUAUGAUUUGCUCACACCAAGCUCACAAACUCUCAAAGUUGUUGAUAACAUGGAAGGUGGUGUUAACAUCCUCGGAUUAACAGUGAAGUCAGUUAGAAACGCUGAUGAAAUGAUCGAAACACUGGAAACUGGUAAUCAUUACAGAGCUCAACAAGCGACAGACGCAAAUCAAACUUCAUCCAGAAGCCAUGUUGUGUUUCAGUUAUUCUUACGCAAAAAGAAGUGUUCUAAAGGCAACAAAAUGAUUCAACAAGAAACAAAAAUGUGUUUAGUGGAUCUGGCAGGAUCAGAAAGGGCCUCAAUUGCCUACAAAGAGAAACGCUCUAAGGUUCUGCAUCGUGAAGGUGGAAACAUCAACAAAUCUUUAUUAGCAUUGGGAAAUUGUAUUAAUGCAUUGGCUGAAAAAUGUCGUAAAGGUCGUAAACUUCACAUCCCUUAUCGUAGCUCAGUGCUAACUAGGAUCCUGAGUGACUCUCUUGGUGGAAAUUGUCGCACUGCUAUGAUAGCCACUGUGAGUCCAUCAUCACUCUCAUAUGAUGAUACUCAAAAUACAUUGACAUAUGCCAAUAGAGCAAAGGGAAUCAAUUUGGCAUUGAAACGACGAAGUUUUUUAGUUGGUGAACAAUCAUUGGCAAUGGAGACACUUCGACAAGAAAAUAUUGCCUUAGCCGAGAAAAAUAUUAUGUUGGAAAAUGAAGUCCUCAGAUUAAAACGGAUGCUAGCAAAUCCCAUUUUC